ACUUGUUCAUUCGCAUCAUGCAAAGUGCAAACAAACUCAAUAGACUUUUGCUCCAUUGGACAGAAGAAGCAGGAAUUGAUCAAACAACCAACAACCCCUUCAAUUAAAGCCCUGCCAACAAUUUACAGGAACGCAUACUAUUUUUUACAUAGAUGGAAUCCAGUCAUCAUGCAAUUUCCUUGUUCUUCAUCUUCUUCCUAAUCUCUCCCCCAUCAUUUCUCCAGUCUCAGCAGCCAUAUGAAGGCUUGGGCAUCUCAGACUGCACCAACCAACACAACUCAACCUCUCUCCUUGGUUACUUCUGCAAUGGCUACAAAUCCUGCCAAUCUUUCCUCACUUUCAAUUCUAGACCCCCAUAUCAAUCAGUCUCAUCCAUCUCAACCCUCCUCAAUUCAAACCCAUCUCAGAUCUCUCAACUCAACUCUGUCGCCCUCGACUUCUCCUUCCCUACAAACACGAAGGUGAUCGUCCCCGUUGCCUGCUCCUGCUCAGGUGCAUACUACCAGGCCAACUCCUCCUACGUUGUCAAGCAUCUCGAUACGGAUUUCACUAUUGCGAACAAUACUCUUCAAGGUCUAUCUACAUGUCAAGCUCUUCAUCAACAGAAUAAUUACACUUCUUCUUCGUAUUUGUUUUCGGGUAACGAGAUCACUGUUCCUUUGAGGUGCGCGUGUCCUACUCCUGCACAGAGAGACAAUGGUGUUAAAUACCUGUUGAGUUAUUUGGUGGAUGCAGAGGACACGGUCUUCCUGAUUGGGCAAAAGUUUGGUGUCAAUUUUACUUCCAUUCUUGAUGCUAAUGGUCUCUCUCAAACAAAUGCUAACAUAUAUCCUUUCACAACUCUUCUCAUUCCCUUGGAACUUCAGCCUAAUGCUUCUCAGGUCUCAAAGCCUUCGACUCCUCCUCCUCCUCCUCUGAUACCCUCUUCUUCUCCUUCAAAUGGAAAGAAAUCAAAUCAAACAGUGGUAUAUGUGGGUGUCGGAAUUGCAAUUGUUUUGUCUCUCUUGAUUCUCUCUCUGAUUGCUUUCUACAUUCUCCGCAAGGCCAAGAAGAAGCAAAAGGCCAGAAAAAUCAGUCUCGCCAAUGGCGCAGGAGUAAUAUGUGGAAAACCAUCUGAAAAAUCCUCAUCAGAAUUGUUCAUAGAUUUUGGUCCGUCUGAAAAUUUCUUUUCGAGCAUUUCAGAUAUUGGACAGUCUCUCAAAGUUUAUAAAUUUGAGGAGCUUCAGUUGGCAACUAAGAAUUUUAGUAAGGACUGUAAGAUCGAAGGAUCAGUUUAUCGAGGAGUCUUCAAUGGAGACUUUGCUGCUGUAAAGAUGAUGAGCAGAGAGAUAUCAACAGAAAUUCAAAUACUAAAAAAGAUCAACCAUUUCAAUCUGAUUAGGCUUUCUGGAUUAUGUUCAAGUCACGGUCGCUGGUACCUUGUAUAUGAGUAUGCUCAAAAUGGAUCGUUGAGCAAUUGGAUAUUUGAUAGAAGCGGUACAAUGGCAUUGAGUUGGAUAAGGAGAGUACAAAUAGCUCUAGAUGUUGCUAAUGGCCUCAAUUAUCUCCAUAGUUACACCGACCCUCCUUAUGUACACAAGGAUGUCAAAAGCAGUAAUGUUCUUUUGGACGGGAAUUUCAGAGCCAAGGUUGCUAAUUUUGGCCACGCAAGAGCAGCAGAAGGGAAAGAAGGCGAGUUUGAGCUCACGAGGCAUAUAAUCGGGACUAAAGGAUAUAUGGCCCCCGAGUAUCUGGAGCACGGUUUGGUGUCUCCAAAGCUUGAUGUAUAUUCCUUUGGUGUUGUCAUGUUGGAGCUUUUCACAGGGAGAGAUGCUUCAAGCUUGCAAAAAGGUGAGGAUAGUUUCUCAGUAAAAGACUUUAUUGCAGUACUGACAGAGGAGGAAGAAGAAGAAGAAGAAGAAAAGGUAAGAGAAAAGAUUGGGAGUUUUAUUGAUCCACUAAUGGAAAGGGAGUUUCCAUUGGAGUCAGCAGUUUCCGUAGCUAGAUUGAUCGAAGGUUGCUUGAGAAAGGAGGCUGCAAGCAGGCUGAACAUGGGAGAUAUUGUACAGUCUCUGUCGAAAUUGUUUGCUUCUUAACUGAGCAAUUCUUCUUCAAGAAUUCUGUCAACAUGCGAAAGCUUCGGAAUUGGGAAACAUCUUCAGACCUGAGAACCAUCUUCAAGUAACUGAUAAACUAAAUCUUUACUCUUCCACUUUAGAUGUAGGCUAAAACUAUGUCAUUCUUUUCUUGUUCAUUGUAGCGAAUUUGAUUAUAUGCUUGUGGUUUGUCAUUCUGUUAUUGCACUGGUUCUUGUGUCCUACAACUGAUUUGUGAUUCUACUGCCAGUGGCUUGUGCUUGUAUCAGGUUAAACUCCCAAAUUUCUUAAAAAAAUCAAAUCCAGAGUUUUUUUUCCCUCCUCCUCUUCUAUUGAGCCCUUGCUUAGGAUCUGAAUUGAAAAUGCAUUCAUGGUUCAAAUGCUAUGAGAUAGGGCAUAAUGCAUUGCUAGCUACAUCCUCGCUGGCGUUUUCCAAGUAGUAGGAGAAAAAAAUAAAAGCUGUGACCUAGUUACAGUAGAUCUAAUUAGAAUGUAACAUGAAAAUGAAACAGGUUUCUUAAUUUUAUAUAUUAUGACAGUAACUGCUAGAGGAUUCAGCUUAUUUGCAGAAUUCUGCAGUAACUACCUGUAAUAUAUUUGAAUGAACUAGCUUACACUGACAGGGAAGAAUGAACUCAGCAUAAAUUGGUGAAAUCAUAAAGAAAAAUAUAGCUUAAUUCUAUAAGAUUCUCCUAAUCUAAUUCCCAAAGUUUUCCUAAUCUCAUUAUUAAUUGGUGGGUGUCUAUUCAUUUCAAUAUUGUACUUAAUCAAAGAUACUUAUGACUACGAGUUGACUAAAUCAUACACAAAAUAAAUGUUGAAUGUUUGAUUAAAGGGAAAAAAAGAAAAAAAAAACAUGACAGCUGAAGUACAGAAAGUUGUUACGGUACAAGGCCAAAUGGAAGCAAGAAGCAGUGAAGAUAUGCAGGCUCCAACAUGGCAGCCACCUUCAGGGGAUAUACCAUGGUGUUUAUCGUAGCAUUAGAAAGGCUAAAAUAUCAUUCAAUUCUAAUGAAUCUAAUAGGGUAAAGGCUUCAUAUUUGGAUCAUUUCAUUGGCCACAUGAGAAUAAAGCUGAUAUGGAUAUGAAGCUAAUGACAAAUUUUAUGAAAUUAUCUGCUAAUCAUGAAAGUAUAUGCAUGUAUUAAUAUGCAAGGAAAACAAUUAUCAAUGUGUUACAAACUUCAUGAGAUUAUAUCCUAAUAAUGCAAGUCUAUAACCACACUAACAAGCAAGGAAGCUGCUGGUGAUUCUGCUUUGCCCUAGUCUAUGACCGCAAUGGAAUUAGUAUUAUACAUGGGCUAUCAAAACAUGCAAAUGUUCUCUCUAAAAUUUGCUACAAAAUGGACAAAAGAAAAGAAAAUCCCAAACUAAUUAAAAGUGUUUUACUCAGUUACACAUGAUCGCAAUUUGUUUUCAAAAAUAACAUACAUGACUGUAUCUUUAUUUAAAAAACAUCCCUGAGAUUGAUAUACUCUGCAUUGAGAAAGUCACUUAGAUAAUAUUUGCUUUUUAAUUUGCUAGCAUCGCUAUACAAAACCAGGCACAGAAUACUAGUUUAUUUUUUCAUUCCACAAUUUUACUAGAAAAUGAGGGAAUCUAUUCACACAUCAAUUGUUUUCUUCUUUUUUUUAAGUUGAACCAAACUAAAAAAAUGGUGGAAAGUACUUUCACCCCAUAUUUUUUGGCGAAACAAACACAAGAAAUAAUUUUCAUGAAAGUGAGGAAAUACAAAAAAGUGAAGGAAAAUGGUUUUUGGAAAAUGAAGGAAAUGAACCAAACAUGCCCUUUGAGGAAAAGGUGGGGGAAAAAUCUUUAUACCUUGUAACUUUCACAAAAUCUCGUCUCCAGUUGUAAAUUUAUUUGAAUGACCUUCCCAUGUUAACAUAUAUGUAUAUGCAUUUCCCCUGUGAUGAUGAGUUUAUAUAUAUAUAUAUAUAUAUAUAUACACACCUGCGUAAUUGCUCUGAUACCCUCCACUGAAAGACUGAACAAAUAUUAAAAGAUAGCUGAAGACAUUAGCCACCCCCUAUGACAUCCUACAAUCAACGUACUAUGCACAAAGUAAUAGUUGCGAUGAUAGACUAAGUUAUAAUCUGAUGCAGGUAGCCAUAGAGGCCAACAAAAUCCAAUAAUUUAUAAUCAUCUUGCAUAUACUAAUUAAUCCAUCACUUUUAUUUUUUUCAAAUAUAAGAAGACAAAACAUGUCAACUAUAUGAUCUGGACUUGUCAUGAAACAUCUUUAAUUGGUUCGGUCAGCCCAGCCUGACUAUAUGAUCUGGUGCAGAAAAGAAGGAAAAGCUAUACCAGGCUGACUUCUAGAUGAAGCAGCCAACUUUCCGCAAAUUUCUAUACCUCCUUAGACCUUAUACCACUUCUAUCCAAGUUUUACAUCAAAACCUUAAUUGAGGUUUGCACCUAAUUAAAGAUAUGGGUUGAGGAUAUACAAUAUGUUGUGCCUUAAACUACUGAAGUAUAGUUUAUUUAUAUAAAUUCUACAUCAACCGUAAGUCACAAUACAAUCCCGUCUAGUUUUGGUUGGAAACCUCUGGCUGCCUUUCCUAUCAAGACUUGUAUUAGUAGUGGAAUGAAGGAUAUGUGAAAUCUUUUGACCAAGUUUACAUAUAUAAUAUUUGUUGGUUAAUGACCAUUUCAAAUGAAGACUUGUCCCUAUUUCUGGCAUUAGUCAUAUGGUGUUGCAACUUUGGGAAAUGAUUGUAGACAUGAUAAUACACAUGUUACAAAAACUAGUUUUC